ACUCAUAUAAGAACGGAGAGAACUGAGAAGUUCGCUAGAAUAACUCAGGACCUUGUAAGCUGUAAGUGUCCUUAAACUGUAGAAAGUGAUCAUCAGAAUGGCCAUGAAUGGUCGCAAAAGUGCCCUCGUUGUUCUGCUGUGUUUUAAUUGGGUCAUUGGCAUUGUCGUGGCUCGAGGAAUUGAAGAUUAUUGGUCCAAACGGGCUAAUUUAAUUCACGCCGAGAAGAAAAUUGCCUUCGGAGGAGAUAUUUCUCUAACCAAGAAUGAAAUGCUAACUAAUCGUACCCUCAUGUCUGCGAAACUCAAGGAAAUUCAAGAGGGCUUUUCAGAUCCGAAUAAAUUUUUUCCUCGAGCAAAUUUCCUCACAGUGAAGAAUAAAAUAGAAAAAUCGAAGGUAUUCCAAAUAAUAAAAAAAAUGCCGAAAGGAGCUCUACUUCAUGCACACGAUCUUGGAACAGUUUCUCAUGAAUUCGUAUUGAGGAAUCUCACAUACCGUUCUGAUCUUUACGUAUGCCAAUCUGAAGGUGGAUUGAAACUUAUGUUUUUCAAGACUCCUGGAAAAAAUUGUCAUUGGGAAUUGCUGAGUGAGUUGAGAAACACUCCUGCAAAAGAAAUUCAAAUCAAUAAACGAAUUUUAGAAGAAAUGACGAUGAUGACUGACAAUCCGGCCAAGGCUUAUCCAGAUGGGGAUGCGGCAUGGGCGAAAUUUCAGAGCCUUUUCAGCUUUCUAUUUCCAUUUAUUACAUACAAGCCUGUUUUUGAAGACUACUUCAACCAAUUACUGCAGGAAAUUUAUGACGACAAAGUAUUAUAUUUGGAGUUAAGGACAGUUUUGCCGGACAUAUUUGAUCUAUCUGGUCGAGUUUAUAAAAGUUUGGAAGUGAUGCAGAUUUUAAACAGCCUAUCACAAAAAUUCGUUGCAGAACAUCCUGACUUUUUGGGUAUUAAAAUAAUAUAUGCACCUAUGAGGCAUCUUAACCAGAAUGAAUUGAAGAAACAUAUAGAAAAUGCUGAACUGAUUAAAGAAUCGUUUCCAGAAUUUCUUGCUGGAUUCGAUUUGGUUGGGCAUGAGGAAAAAGGGGGGACUUUGAGGGAGUUUGCAGAGCAGUUACAAGUUCUUGGGCAAAAAAUGCCAUUCUUCUUUCAUGCAGGUGAAACUGAUUGGUAUGGACUCAGUACUGAUGAAAAUUUAAUUGAUGCAGUUUUACUAAAUGCCAAGAGAAUAGGACACGGUUAUGCCUUACUGAAACAUCCCAAAGUAAUGGAAAUUGUAUUGGAAGAGAAGAUCGCAAUUGAAGUAAAUCCAAUUUCGAACCAAGUUUUAAAUCUCGUUGACGACCUCAGAAAUCAUCCAGCGAGUAUUUUAUUCGCAGAAAAUUAUCCAGUAGUUGUUUCAUCUGACGAUCCUGGUCUCUGGGGUGCAAAAGCUUUGAGCUACGAUUUUUACGAGGCAUUUAUGGGUCUAAUGUCCGGUAGUUCUGAUCUCAGAGCACUAAAAAAACUAGCAAUAAAUUCACUUUUAUACAGUACAAUGAGUGAUAAAGAACAGUCAAAAGCUAUCCAGAUUUUCCAAAAACAGUGGGAAGAUUUCCUUCUCGAUGUAGCUGAAAUGGAAAACAAAGAGUUUCGACUGUCUAAUAAUAGUGUUGAUUAAAAAGAGUACAAUUUUUAGUCUUGCGAAAUGAAGAGAUUUUUAAAAAUAGAAUAUUUCUUGAAAUUGAUUUGUUCUGCAUGUUCAAGUGAAGAUCAAGUAAGUCGAAUCUGAAAUUAGUGACAUUGGAUUUAGUGUUACCGAGAAUUGACGCCGUACCGGAAGGAUCGAUGAGGGUUGCUGCGGGGGAAUUUCGAUGUUUACUCAGGCGUGAAAAAUAGGGAGAAACAGGAGAGAGGCAAAACAGUUCUUAGCCUCUGAAUUUAUGGUCACCGUCAGUCCCAUAACCAACACUAAAUCCAGAUUUGACUGUAAUGUAAAGGUUCUUGUGAUCGCAUCACUUUUAUCUCUUCCAGAAUGGAUUAGUGUGCGUUCACGGAAAAAAAAACUGGGGAUAAGAAGCGUUGUAAUUGCUCGAGCUAAACUUUCCGUGACUCUAAGCCUGUAACGUUCUGCCCCUAGCGGAUUCCGCCAGAGAUAUAUGCGAUUCAUCUCGGAAAGCUUACUUCAGCUUGGUAUACCCUCCUUAACUUUAUGCCGCUUGACCUGCAACAUUGCAUACCCCCAGUUUUUGUUUUACUUUUUAAAAACUAAUUUUGGGUUACCAAAGUACGGUUUGAAAGAAAUUACUUCACACAAUUUAAAGAUAUUUCUAGAAAUUAUAUUGACAAUUAUGUAUAGAACUAUAGAUAUAAGAUGCUGUGAAUUCUAUCUAGUGUUUACACUUUGUUUAAAUUUCCCAUUUUAUGGUGCUCAUUUGAUGAGGACUUUUCUUCCUAAUAGAGGAAGUCAAAAUAAAAAAAUGCAAACAUGUUAAUCAAAAUGUCUCGAA